UAAACCUAGCAUAUCCUUCAAAAUGGCCAACAAAUUCAUUUGCACUUUAUUGCUGAUUGCCGUAUGGGCCACAAGCACAUCCGCCGAUGGAAUAGAGAAUGGUAGUCCCACCACUAUUAAGGCACAUCCCUACGUCGUCUCUCUACAAGGAACCGAUGGAACACGCGUCUGCGGUGGUGCUUUAAUCGAUUCGACGACCGUUGUCACAGCUGCUCAAUGCUUGGCUAACUACGACGUUUCACAAUUGGUCGUGGGUGUAAGCAACGGUACUCAGAUAGUAAAAAUUGCAAAGAGUACCUUCGAUGUUAACUUCGAUUAUGUGACCAUGGAAAAUGAUGUUGCCGUCGUAAUAUUGGAAAAGGCAGUAAGCGUUGGUUCGAUUCAAUUAGCUAGCUCAGAACCAAAAACUGGUGCCAGUGGUGUAGUCACCGGUUGGUCUGCAAGCAAUGCUCUGGUAGAUGUUUCGGAGACUAUCAUAACUGCCACUGAUUGCGUUUCUGGAGAGUACAGUUACGAAGAGGGUGAAGUUUUGAGUACAAUGUUGUGUGGCCUCGCUAAAAACGAAGCUUGCAACGCUCUACCUGGAAGUCCUUUGGUAUACAACAAAAAAUUGGUUGGUUUGGUUUCCUGGGGUUAUGGCUGUGCCAACAGUGCCAAUCCAGCUGUUUUCACCAACAUCGCUUCAGUGAAAUCAUGGAUAAAAAAAGCUGUAAAGAGUUUGUAA